CAGGCAGUUUUCCGAUUAGUUUACCCACCCAGAACAUUCACAGAAAUAAGUGAAACUAUAUAUUUUUUAGAGCAGAAAGAUGAGUGCCCCAGAGUAUCCUCCGGCCUUUGUGCGCAAUGUGCAGCUGAAUGUGGAUCCCUCGGAGCGGCCCAAGCAGCCGGCUGGCUGUGCCCCAGUCUUCGACUCGAACAGCACCGAGUCGGAGCACACGGAGGAGGGCUGUGUGGAGCUGGAGAAUGUCACGGUGAAGUUUCGCAUCUCGGAGAUGGAUAUCGUGGCCCAGGUCUAUCCCAACUGCAUGACUCUGGCCGAGGUUAAGCAGGACAUAUCGCGCAAGUUCGAGGUGGAGCCGAAGCUCCUGGUGCUCAGGCAGGAGAAUCGCCCUCUGUGCGACUCCCUGCCCAUCAAUUCGACCAAGUUCGAUGAGUUCGGGAUACACGAGUUUGAGCUGGAGCUGCUCGCGCCCAAGGAUAUUGGGACAGAGGCAGCGCCCAAGCUGGAUCUGGAUGUCUACUACGACAAGCACCGCCUGGCGGACUUUAUAACAGUCCACAUUCCUGGCGAGGACACGGAGGAUGGGCAGCCCAAAAACGUGGUGGUGGAGAUUGUGAAUGCUGCCAUCAUCAAGCCCUUUCUGUGUGGCUACAGGGACAGGGUCACCGGCAAAGAGUACCUAGAUGCCUUCUCCCAGACCGGGCCCUACUUUGACAAGUGGAAGGCCAGGCGCUAUUACUCCAGGGAUACCCAGACCUGGGAGCCAAAGGAAAAGAUUCUGAACACAGCCCAUGAGCAGUCGGUGCAAUGCCAUCUCGAUGGCAUCAAUGUCCUGUACGUGUCGGCGGCCCACGAUUUCACCAUUGUUCCUGGCAAAUACCAGACCUUCGCCCAGAAGGAACGCGCAGAGCGGAAGCUGGAGAAGAUUCAGCUCAUACAGCGCAACUGGCGUCGCUGGAUCCUGUGGAAGUACAUCCGCAUUCGCGCCAAGGAGUAUCGUCGCUUGGUGCGCAACCGCGAGGAGGAGGAAGAGCGAUACGAAAAGUGCGUGGAGGAGCGUGUCGAUCGCCAGAAGGCGAUCAAGCAGUUCCCCCGCUCCAAGGACGACUUCGAUCUGCUGUAUGCCGAAAUCGGUCGCUGGAAGCGGGCCGAACUAAGGCGUAUUGCUGCCCACUACGAAGGACCUGCCCGCAUCUCCGAGGUCAACAUUCUUUUGGACAAGGAGAUCCAACUGCUGAAUGGGGUGGAGAGGCAGCGCCGUCUGGUCUGCAAGUCCAUGAAGGAUUUCCGCAAGGACCAGCUGCUCAAGAAGAUGGGCAAGCCCAUCGAAUGGAUUGGGUACAAGGACUGUAAGAUCCAUAUGGAUUUGCUGAGCACGCAGCGCGUUCGCUUCCUUACCGAAGUCUACAAGGAUCUGCGACUGCCACUUUCAAGAGAUGUACGCCUGACCCUCGUACGUCGCGUUAUGGAGAUACUCAUGGAGGAGACUUGCUUUCCCAACUUCCCUGAGCUGUUUGAUUUGUUUGAUCGAGAGAAGAAUUUGCUGCUCUAUGCAACGUCAAGUGAUGUGGAAAUUCUGCGCAAGCGCCAGAACAUCCUCUUCUACGAGCUGAUCAAGUUCCAGAAGAGCGAACAGAACAAACGGCCUCCCUCGCGCAUGUGCAUCGUGUGCAAGAAGGUCAAGGCAUACAAGGACUUUGCCAUACGCACGCGCCAGAGCCAUGUGGAUACCUGCAAGAGCUGCUACUACCUUAAGCUAACGGCCACAGAGAACACGGUGUACCAAUCAAUACUGAGAUGCGUGCAACGCGAUGAGCGCAAACGCAAGUGUACCACAUCCUUUGCCUUUGUGAUGCAGUCGGACGAUGUGCGUCAUAUCAUUGACAAGAUCUGGCAUGGCCACUCGGCACUCAGCAAGACUGAGAAUCUCAACGAGUUGAGAUUGCCGCGAUGGAUCAAGAGUGACGACUGGGCCCCAUGGAAUUGUGUGUGUCUGACAGAGCGGGAGACACGGGAUCACUACAAGAUCGAUGACAUCGAGAAGGUGUACGAUCCGAAGUUCAUUUUGCAUAUCGGCAAUCGUCACAUGUUGGCCCGAAGUCUAUUCCAAACGCUGGCAGCCGUGGCCAUCGAGUUCCAGGAGACGGGACAGUGGUGGAAGGUGGGCAUGAACCAGCAGCGCACCAGCAAUUUGGACGCAGUCUAAAGGCAGCGUAACGUUUCUUAUACACAUGUACUUAAUAGAUUCAUUCCAUCGCUUAAA